UAUUCGCGAUGCCCAUGGUGGUUCCUCGAAGCCAUUCUGCCAGACGAUUACAUUUUUGCCACUCACCAAGGUUCUCUGUCUAUCGACUCCAAAGAAUCCGCGACCAAUAUGGGCCAGAUCAACACUCCAUCGACCUCUAAUGUAGAAUACCUAGCUAAGCCAAGUGGUACUUGCUGCCUGAAGGGAACGAUUCACGCAGGAGAGUCACAAGGCUCGUGGCAAGAGAUUGCGGGCGUUGAGACCUACAUCGCAAGACCACCCUUGGGAAAGGAAAACGGCAAUAUCUUGCUCUACUUCCCCGAUGUAUGGGGGAUGUUUCCAAAUGGCCUCCUGGUCAUGGAUGCUUUUGCUGGAGCCGGAUACUUGACCCUGGGUCUGGACUAUUUCCGAGGAGAUCCAGUCUGGAAACAUCGCAAGAACCGCCAUGAUACCCAAGACCCAAACUUCGACUAUGAGGCGUGGAAGAAGAAGCACAUAGCAUUUGCGGACUUAGCCGUACCGAAAUGGGUGAAGGCCGUCCGAGAAGAGUUUGGAAAUGAACACACAAGAUACGCAUGCGUGGGAUAUUGCUUUGGAGCGCCUUAUGUGUGUGACGAGCUGGCAGGAAACAAUGUGGCGGUCGGAGCCUUUGCACAUCCGGCCUUCCUGAAAGAGCACCAUUUUACGAACCUCAAAAGUAAGGAUGAAGAAGGGAAGUCCACACACAUUGGGCUAACAAAAAUGCUGUUCACAGAGCCUUUAUUCCUAUCUUGCUCGGAGAUCGAUCAUACGUUCGACAUAUCCUCAAGACGCAAAGCCCUUGACAUCAUGCAAAAGGGAAAGAAGGUCUUCCACUAUCAGCUUUUUUCUGGCGUCGAACAUGGCUUUGCCCUUCGUGGUGAUCCUGAAGAUCCAUACCAACGUAGGUCGAGUCUC